UUUAGUGGGUUAGUGUUUUUUUUGUCAUGGCCGGAAUACUUCGCGGAAGUAAAUUGGUGCGGUAUUUUGCGGGCUUUGCCCGAAGUAUUGCCUUCAACACAUCCCGGGAGCUGGAAGGAAAUGCCGUGCAGCAAGGACAAUGUCUCUGUGGUCAAAUGUCGCAGGGAUUUUCAACUGCAGCCCGAACUGACCAAAAUCUCGAUAGAUCCUUGAAACGGCUGGAUAAUGAUGUACGACGCUCAGGGAGGAUUUCACGGAAGGACAUUGAAGAGAUUCUCGAGGAAAUUCGUCUUCAACGCUCUGCUACGAGCUCCCAAUCUCUCCUGGUUAUUCGUUGCUGUGGGAAUCUCGUUCCGGAGGAAUUGCCCGAGGUGCGGACGUCUCUUGUGCAGGAAAUUUGGCGCACAUUGAACAAUCUCAAUGUUCCAAUGGAUAUUUCGCAUUACAAUGCUUUGCUUCGGGUUUACCUGGAGAAUGAGCAUCCCUUCUCCCCGACGGAAUUUCUCAGUGAUCUCGAGGCAAAGGGCGUUGAGCCGAAUAGAGUGACGUACCAGCGAUUGAUUGCACGAUACUGUCAGGAUGGUGAUAUUGAGGGUGCAACGAGAAUUCUCGAAUUUAUGCGUGAAAAACAACUUCCGGUCAAUGAGAAUGUCUUCAAUGCUCUCAUUUUGGGGCACUCCCAGGCUGACGACAUGGAAUCCGCUGUGGGAAUUUUGAAUGUGAUGCAACAAGCUGGAUUGUCACCCAGUGCAGAUACCUACACAACAUUGCUGUGUGGCUACGCCAAGAAGGGGAAUGUUGAAGCAAUUCAGAAAACACUGGAGGAAUGUGAGAAGAAGGAAGUAUUUCUCCUGGAUAAAGACAUCCUGGAUGUCUUGUAUACGCUUGCAAUAAGUGGGCAUGGGGCACAAGCUGACACCCUUUUGGGGUACAUCCGGAAAUCAAUUGGUUACAAUCAAGAUGCCAUCAACACCAUACUGAGGCUCACAAAUCGCGGAGAGGAUGAGGUGGCGCUGAAAAUUCUCAGAACAAUGCCGAGGAAUAUGAAACCAAAUGGAGAAGUCAGCGAUACAGGGAGUUUCUUCAUUCGUCAAAUGGUGAAAGCAAAACUACCCGUUGGGAAGAUUCUCAGUGCUUGCGACACAAUUCAGGAGGAAGGAUUGAAUUCCAGACCACUUCUAAUUGCCAUUGAAGCUGGACUCGUGCAGGGUAGUCCAGAAAUUGUCAUACCCCUCCUGAAGAGGGCAAAAGAACAAGGUUUUCCCCUUAGGCAGCACUACUUCUGGCCACUUCUCUGUACAGCUGCAAAAUCAAAUUCCACAGCUGGUGUUGUGAAAGUCCUUCGUCAGAUGCAAGAUGAUUUUAACAUUCAGGCAAAUGCAGAGACAAUCCGUGACUACGUUGUACCGAAUUUGAAGGCAAAGAAGGAAGAAAUCUUUCGUGAUUUAAUGGAUGCGGGUAUUUCGGCGGCAAAUGUAGGUAGCAGCCUUGUGUACAAUGACCUUGUUAAUGGGGAUUUAAAAGGAGCCGCCGAGAUGGCACAGCAAGUCCGGGCACACUACAAUCCAAAUCUCUUCCGACGCCCACUAAUAAGCGCCUUGGGCGCCACGAAGGAUUGUGAUUCAUUCAUUAAGGUUACUCGACAAAUUUACGAUGGAAUCGCACGUGUGGACAGAUCUGGGAAGCAACAGGGUGAUGAGGAGCGAGAAAAUGAUGCCGAAGAGGCAUCAAUGCUCAAUCAGCAGGAAUGUCUGGGGCAAAUACUGUAUGAAGUAGCUCUUUACUUCCGGAAGGAUAACAAUCAUAUUCUCAAUGAAGUUCUCGAUGGUCUCGUGGAGCAGGGACUCUCCAUUAGCUCUCGUCAAGCAGAGAGGAUACAGGAGCGAUUGGGAUCGGAAUUAACGGUGGAGAUUUCGAAGAAUUUGGGUCUUUUGGCAUCUGGGGAGCUUGAACCUGUUGCACUGGAAGGUGGGGCGAGGAAGACAAACACUUUGGGUCAAAUGAGUGUACCCCAGCUGGAGAAGAUUAUUGAGCAAGUUGAGGCAAAGGGGGAGAAUAGUAAAGGGCUCAAACGCUACCUCCUGGCAGCUUGUCUCCGUAGUAAAGAUGUCAAGAAGACAGAAGAGGUUUUUCAGCGUCUCGAAGGAGAAGGUUACACCUUCACCACGGGCGUCUAUGCGCAACUUAUUGAUCUCUACACACAUCACGAGGACGUCGAGAAGGCUCUUGAGACUUAUGCGAAAACAAAAGCCAAAGAACCGGAUUUUCUUCUUGAUAAUCUCAAGACAAUUCGUUUGGCUUCGCUACUGCUAAAUAAUGAUCGCGUUGAUGAUGCGGUGAAUUUCCUGAAGGCAAAUCAGAAAGAUGAACUGUUGACGGACAAUCAGGUGUUUAACUAUCGCACAACAUGCUGGAGAAUGCUGAAUGCCCUGGCAGAGAAGGGACAGCUGGAGACAUUGGAGAGAAUUAUUAGUUGUCUCGAGGAUGGGAAGUACAUUGAGGUGAGCAAUGUUAUCCUGGGACCCCUAAUAAAAGCCUGCCUCGUGCGUGAUGAUCUUCCAAAGGCCAUGGAUACAUUUGAGAAGAUCACUGUUAAGUAUCAAGCCACACCGUGGAAGAAUGAACUUGCUUGUCGCCUCAUCCAGGCAGAGGAUGCAAAUAAUCUUCAGCGUUUGACCAAUUUAAGUACCAAAAUUCACGGAGAAGUGAAUUCUCUGUACGAUCUUGUCUUUUCUUUCGUUGAAUGUGGCCGGGUGCGUCAAGCGAGGAAGAUUCUCGAAACUCCAGGGCUGAGGAUGCGCUAUCAGAGACUAAAUCAUGCUUGUGAGAGAUAUCGCCAAGAGGGUAUGGUUCAACCACUUGAGGGUCUUGUGGAAGCCACCAAAGAUCUCAAUCACAUUGAUCGUGCGGACAUUUACUACAAUCUCCUUCUGAGCUACUGCAAAGAAGAUCUCCCAGAUAAAGCUCUUGGACUGUGGACAAAGAUGCAAGAGGAGAAUAUUACGCCUUCCGAUGAUUUUCUCAUAAAACUUGGGAAGUAUUUGCAAUCAAAGAAUAUGGAUGUUCCCUUUGUUAUCCCAGAUACUAAAUCCACAGCCACAGUGCAGAAGAGAGAGAAUGUUGUUCAGGGAGCAACAGAAGUACCCAAAAGGAAUUCUGAAAUUCAACCAAAACGCACCGGAGAUGCUUUAACAGAGUCCUCAAAUGCAACAAUGUUCAAGAAAGCCCUCAAGCAAGGAAAUAUCGAUGCAGUUCUCGCAGCUUAUGAGAAACUCUCCCCAACAGACAAGAUUAGCGUUACACAUCAAUCACAUUUCCUGGAACUCCUCGUUAAAAGCGAAAGGAUGCAGGAGGCAAAUGAUUUUCUGCACAAAAUGCUCUCAGAGAAGACACAUCCAAUCCCACGAGUCUUCCGUUUCUAUCUCAAUCGUAUUGCCACAAGUGGGAAUGUAAAGCAAUUUGAGAUGCUUUCGCAGUAUUUGUCACCGGAAAUGAAGAAAACGGUAUCAUUUGAUAAUCGUCUGUGCCAUGCGUACGUUGCCGCGGGGAAGUCUGAGGAGUAUUUGGAGAAAAUUCAAAAGGAAUUGCAAGAAGCAAAGACGGAUGAUGAAAGAAUGGCUCUUGCGGAGAAAUUCCCUCGUGGUGGUGCUCAAGGAAUUUUGCAGAAACACCCGGAAUUGGUGGAUAAAUUUGAAAAUCUGGCUAAGAAAUUCAUUGAGCACAAAAUUACAUCCCCAAUGAAUGUCCUGUGGAUCCAUCAUUUUGUCGCCGGGAAUGCGGAGGCACAUGAAAAGAUCUGGACAGAAUACCUCAAGGAUGCCCCGCGGCUGAUGUUUCAUCGAAUUGUUCAGACUGCUCGUGAGAAUUUGGACGAUAAAAUGGUUACACAGCUCAUAAAGCGUCUCGAGGGGACAAAAGUUAGUGAUGGAGCUCUGGGGAAUGCCUACAGUUGCCUUUUGGACAUCCAUUCAGUACGCGGGGAAUUCGACGAAGGGCUCAAAGCACUCAAUGGGGCGCUAAAAGGCAAAAUUUCUCUGGCAGCAAUCAAUAGGACUGCAUUGGUACGUCUUAGGGAUGGUCUUGUACAAGCAGGUAAAGCAUUUCCACACAAAAUCCCCGAGAAAUCCAAUCAGCAGCAGCAGAUUCACGACGAUACGAGUUCGAGUAGCAGUAGCAGUAGCGACGAUGACGUGAAGAAAUAAAAACAAAGAGUAGUGUUCAUUUUAUAAUAUAAUUUUUUGUGAAUUCUUUGCAAAAGGCUAUAUUAUUCAGCUUGAGGAAUAAUAAAAUUGCACCCUUUUUAUUAAUUUUUUUUUGUUUGAAUUUUUGUGUAGGUAUGUUGCUUAAAAAAUUUCCCUACACAUUUUUACAUUAAAAAUUAGCAAAGAAAAUUAAUUAUAAUGUAUAGCAAUUAACAUCCCAGAAUAAAUGGGGGUAGUUAUUGAUCUAAAAAAA